AUGCCCAGGGAAAUCAUCACAAUCCAGGCGGGCCAAUGCGGCAACAGCAUUGGAAGUGAGUUCUGGCAGCAGCUGUGCCUGGAACAUGGCAUCAACCAAGAUGGCAAUCUUGAGGACUUUGCGAAAGAAGACGGUGACCGGAAAGAUGUCUUCUUCUACCGGAAACCCGAGAACAGAUGA